UCUACACUGCCUUUGUGUCUGGCCGGCUCCGGUCUGCACCGCGAACCCAAUCGAGGCGUCGUCAUCUCGGCCGCCGCCAUGGAUGUGCUGGGCAAGCGGGAGCGGAGACGAUGCCAUGUCAAGAGCUUUCUGAAGCGGAACUGGCUGCUCAUCGCCACCGUCGCCGCCGUCCUCCUAGGUAUUGGUCUUGGGGUGCUGGUGAGGGAGCAUGCCUCCCUGUCCCAGCUCCAUAAGCAGUACUUUGGCUUCCCCGGGGAGAUCCUGAUGCGGAUGCUGAAGCUGGUCAUCUUACCCCUCAUCAUCUCCAGCAUGAUCACAGGUGUGGCGGCUCUGGACUCGGAGGUGUCUGGGAAGAUCGGCCUGCGCGCUGUACUCUACUACUUCACCACCACCAUCAUCGCUGUGGUCCUCGGUAUCCUGUUGGUGACAACCAUCAGGCCAGGGGUGUCUCAGGAUGCGGACCACAUAGACAGAGCAGGCACAACACCCAAUGUCACCACUGUGGAUACACUGCUCGACCUCGUCAGGAACAUGUUCCCAGAGAAUCUGGUCCAGGCCUGUUUCCAGCAGUAUAAGAGUCAGCGUAAAGAGCUGGAUCCUCCCAAGGCUCCACCUGAGCCCACUGCAGAGCCCACUACAUUCCCCUCAUUCACCACCAUCAUGGCUACCGUUGCACAGAAUCUGAGCCAGGUGGAUUACAAGGAUUACAAGGUGGUGGGCGGCUAUACGAGUGGUGUGAACGUGCUGGGCCUGAUCGUCUUCUGCGUGGCGUUCGGGCUGGUGAUCGGCAAGAUGGGGGAGAGGGGGCGCAUCCUGCUGGAGUUCUUUGACGCCCUCAACGAGGCCACCAUGCGACUGGUGCACAUCAUCAUGUGCUAUAUGCCAGUGGGCAUCCUGUUCCUCAUCGCUGCCAAGAUCAUUGAGGUGGAGGACUGGGACAUCUUCAGGAAGAUGGGCCUCUACAUGGUCACUGUGCUCAGCGGGUUGGCCAUUCACUCUCUCAUCUUCCUGCCUGCCAUCUACUUUGUCUUUGUGAGGAAGAACCCGUACACCUUCGCCCUGGGCAUGGCACAAGCACUGGUCACCGCACUCAUGAUAGCAUCCAGUUCUGCCACUCUGCCGGUGACGUUCCGCUGCGCGGAGGAGAAUAACCGUAUCGAUAAGCGCAUCACGCGAUUCGUGCUGCCGGUGGGUGCCACUAUCAACAUGGACGGCACGGCACUGUAUGAGGCAGUGGCGGCCAUCUUCAUUGCGCAGCUCAACGACAUGCAACUCGACAUAGGACAGAUUGUCACCAUCAGUAUAACUGCCACGGUGGCGAGUAUCGGAGCUGCAGGAGUUCCAAACGCUGGACUGGUCACUAUGGUGAUCGUGCUGACUGCCGUGGGCCUGCCCGCCAGUGAUGUCACACUCAUCGUGGCGGUGGAUUGGCUGAUUGACCGUUUCCGUACGAUGAUCAACGUGCUGGGCGAUGCGUUCGGAGCGGGCAUCGUGGAGCGUCUCUCUCGGCGGGAACUGGAGCGCAUGGACGUGUGCUCGGAGGUGGGCGUGGCCAACCCCUUCGCCCUGGAGACCACCCUGGAUGACGAGGAGUGUGAGAAGAAGUCCUACGUCAACGGGGGAUUCACCGUCGACAAGACGGACGCCGUCUCCUUCACAGAGACCUCGCAGUUCUAGAACACACAAGAAGGGCAGAGGGAGGCGGUGAGGUGUUCUAGAAUCUUUUG